ACAGUUUGAGGAACACCGUACACAAGUUCGCGGCCUAUGAGAAAAUCUCUGUCGUCUUCGUAUCUGUGUCGUGUUCCGUGUAAACUUUUGGGCAAAUAGAAGAUCCUUUCUGGCAUUUUUACGCAGUUCGUCACCACCGAAGCAGUCGUGGCCGCCCAUGCAAAAUGUCCGCGAUCCCCGUGCAGUGAUAUCCCUGGUGUAUUUUGUGGGAAAUUCGCGGUGGCAAAACCAAGUGCAACGAUGUAAAUCCGAAAUUCGGUCAACGUUUGCAAAAAAGAAGACAACGACGUCAGCGACGAAGACGGUGCGAAGGUGUUGUGCUCGCGUGCGAACGAGAGAGAAGAAGUGACCGCGGAGCGCGGACUGAGUGCAGAAGAUUUUUCGUGUGGCGGCUGACGAUAUUUUACGUUUGAGUGGAAGCGAAAAAGGUGGAGGAUUCGGUGUAGCCGGCAAAAUGGUCGUUUCAAAGGAUGGCAAGCGGAAGCGCAAGGAGUCGCCGAUCGUUGAUUCAUCGCCGGAGAUCCCGAAACGGACAAAGGUUCAAGCUCAACGCAAAUUUGCUCAGGGGCAAGGAAAUCCGUCAGCAUCGUACUCUCUUUCUUCUGCAAUUGCCGCCAGCAGUUCACAACCAAAUACUCCGAUUAGAGAAAACAAAGAACCCAUCCCGGAACUGAUACCCCACAAGAAGCCAAGUGCGGAAGACUUGGUAACAUACAUUUGCUUUCGUGGAACUCCAGGACUACCACCACAUUUAGAUUUUUUCAAUCAAAAUAAGAAUGCCACUAAGGAUGAAACGGAUAAUAAAAAUGAGGUAGCAACACCCAACGAAGUGAAUAAAAGUAAAUCGCCAGCAAACGCUCCCGGCAAAAAAACCAAUAAAAAUAAUGACAAAAAUGAUAAAAACGAGAAGAAUGAUACUCAGCCCAAUGCAAACUCAAUGGAAAAGGCAGACAAGAAAAGUGAACCUCCGGAAAAAGAAAAGCCCGAACCCAUGGGUUAUGCAGCCAGAAAAAGAGCUGAUCAAGUCGUUGAGGGCAAUCGAAAAUUUAAAAAUAAUGAAAGGCUUACUAGAUUACGGGAAAGACUGCCAAAAAAAUCGGAAACGAAUCGUAGAUCACCACGAACUCGGUCAGCAUAUAAACCAGAGAGCGACGAGGAAGAAGAUGAAGACGAUGAAGCUGUAAGCGAGAUAUCUGAGCCAAAAAAGACUCCACCGAAAAAGGCUACAGGCCGAGGAAGGCGGAAAGCUGUGACACCGCCUGCAAAGGAGGAACAACCAUGCCCUGAACCUGAGCAGCCCGCUGAAGAAGAGAAGCCAUCAACUCCGGUUUCAAAUCUUCGAAAUAAACGCAACCAAGCCAAGACGCCAGCAACACCCGAAAAAAAGAAAGAAGAGGAAAAGAAGCCCGUGCAAUCGAAUGACAAGAAAGCUACCCCCAUUCCAGAUAAAGUGACUACGCCAUCUCCUGAAAAGGUGGCUGUUUCUACUCCUGAGAAAAAAGCGGCUCCAAUAUCCGAGAAAAAAGCUGCCCCAACACCUGAUAAAAAUGAAAGGAGGGCGGAUUCGGUAAGUAAGAAAUCUGAUGUUAGCUCAAAGUUGUCAAGUAAAGGCGGUAAGAAGACUCCGGUAAAAAGGAAUUUAAAAGAAAAGGCGAAAUCAGAAAAUGAAGAAGACGCUGUAGACAUCACGCCCCCAAAACCGAAAAGAGGUAAGAAAGCAGUUGAACCUGAAGCUUCAAAAAAAUCACAAACAGAUAGCUCCCAACGUUCUGCUAACAACACACCUGAAUUGGAAAAUCGAACUGGUCGGCCAAUGCGUAAAACUAAAGAAGCUGCCACGAUAUAUAUGGAAUGGAUAGGCCUGAAAUUAAAUUUAGACGAUGACGGGUCAUCUCUAGAUAGCUUUCCAGAACUACCAAACGCUAAGGAAACUCAAAAAAUAGAAAAUGAAUUGAAACAAAAUACUUUAAAAGCAAAACCUUCUCCGAAGCAAACUAAACAACCGCCAGCCAAAAAGAAAGGAGGCAAAGGUGGUGGGAAAGCAGCUGCCGCCAACAAAAAGAAAGCCGAAUCAAUGGCUAAGACAGGGGAUGCUGAGAAGAAGGAAGUCACGAAUAAGAUAAAAGAGGUGCCAAAUUCAGAAAAGAAAGAUAAGGUAGUUGAUAAUGAGGAUGAGAAAGUAGAAACCACUUUUAAUGAUUCUGACGACGAACCACUUGUUGCACAGAAAGUUGAAACUGAAACGAAAUCAUCACCAGCAAAGGGAAAAGGGAAAGCUGCGAAGAAGAGAGCGAAACCUCCGCCUAAGACAACGGCCAAGAAAAAGGUAACAGCUGCAUCACAGAAACAAGAACCAAAGUCUAUAGAAUUGGCUGAGUCUAAAAAAAUUGAACUGAGCAAAGAUGAUUCAAAGGUGGAUAUUCCAGCUUUAGUUGAAGCGGGCGUUGAAAAAGGUGAAAAUUUGGAGAAAAGCUUUAGCGAUUCAGACGACGAACCGCUAGCGACUAAACUUGUUACGAAACAACCGGAAAAGGAGGCAAAACCUGACCCGGAACCACUUCAAAUUAUCACAGAAAUAACACCCGUUACACUACCAAAAAUUAGUCCACCAAAAGAGGAGAAAACGAUUUCGUCGAAUAAAGUUCAUCCGCAGUUAAAUGUUACAACAAGAAUAGAAGACAGACCAUUUUUAAAGGGUCCAACUUCCCCAAAGUACCCAGCAACGAAACCUCCACCGAUCGUGGCACCACCAAUUCACAGGCCAGAGCUCAUAACGGCUCCGGCUCCUAUAAUGUCGCUUCCUGUAAUUCCCCCGCCAGCGCCAUUUACACCACUUAUUGAGAGAUUUCCAUCUCCCAAAGUGAAUCCUUCAUUUCUAACUCCAAAGUUCGAUAGAAAUUUAGACAGAAAACUUCCGUCAGAGCCAGUCACAUCUCCUACAACAAAAAACAAUCUACCAUCUCCAACAGUGCCGAAAUUGGAUUUUUCUAGUAGCAAACCCGCCUCGCCCAGUAGUAGUACGGCUAAUGUGAAAAAAUCAGAUCCGGAUGCAAUAUUAUCUGCAAAUCUAAUGCCUAGCAAAGAGGAGUCGGGGAAAAUUUUCGGUAUAGCAAGUGUGAGUCUAGCCCAAAGUUCGGGGCCAGAUAAUACCAAGUGUACCCUCGGUAAAUGCGGCUCAAUUCAUAAGCCCGUUUUAGGGCCGGUAGUGCCUACGGAAGCAUAUCUGGGAGAACCAUUGUCAAGUAAGGAGCGGCGGAAAGCUAAAGUCAACAUGACACAUGAACAAAUCCAGAAAUGGUUGAUUGAGUGUUCGUCAAAUCCGGAUGAUAUUCAAGAUGACCUGGAUGAUGAUUUUGAUGAGCCUCUGAAACCAAAAACAUUCGCACCGACUCCUCCAUUGGUUCGAGAUGACAAAGAGGGUGGUGCGCUAUCUCUAAAGGCGACUAAGGAAGCGCGAAACGAAAGCACCUGGUCAGGGAAAGGACCUUCACUGAAAGCAACCCCCGUUGUUGUCAAAGAAGAUUCAAGGGAAAGACCGAGUCCAUUGCUCUCAACAGAUUUGGCUAAGCAUGAUUCACCAUUUGAAAACCGUAAUUCACCGAAACCACAGAAAAUUUUCGAGAAUUUAACAAAGGAAAAGGCAUCGUCACCAACUACGACACUAAAAAAAUCAGAAUCAAUAUCAAAGCUAUCGCGUGAUAACACAAAGUCGCCGAAACCUUCGACUUCUUCGGCGACAUCUUCGCCAAAACAUUUAAAAAAUUCAAAAGCAGUUUCGAAUGUAUCACAGAAAAAACCUGCUGUACCGAAAAGGCAACCGGUUUACAAUACAAAACCGACACCGGGAGAAGCAAACAAGAAGAAACCAUCGAAAAACAGCUUUUCUGCAUUCUCACCGGAAAACGAGACCAGUGUAUAUUCGUUUGAUAAAGAAGACGAUGUCCCACCUCCUGUAGCAAAACCGUUCCGUCGUCAUAGCCGCCGGGAAUCAAAUGCGGAUGAAAAUACUUCAAGCGAAAAACCCAGCAAGCCGGAAAAAACGUCCGGAAAGGAAGUGCAGCAGAAUAGUGUAUCUGUGACGUUAAGUCCUGAAGAAAAUAGUAAAUCAAUUAAGGUGAGCCUGGAAAAUACAGAUGCAGUUACAAUAGCAGCAAAAGCAGAUAAGCCACCUGCAGAUAACUCGGCUGUCGGAGACUCUGAUUCGGAGGGUCACACAUUCUAUAUUCCUCUACAAGGCACUGGUGCAACGGCUACAAACUCAGGUAAAUCAGAUGUCAUUCAAGGAGUGGCUGUGAAGUUGGGGCGGGAAGGCCCCGAUGGUCCAAAUCAACGAGUCAUCAUGCACGCGACGCUCGUCACAAAAGCGCAAAUGGGUUCGAAUACUACUCCGAUUCCGGAAUCAAUGAACGUUCAUGAAAUUGUGAAGAGUCUCUUGUCUAACAGUAAAGAUGCGCCUGCCCCAGCAACUUCAAAAAGCGUUCCUGUUGGUACAGUUCAACCUCGCUUUAAAUCAACCACAGAAGGACAAAACGCUUCGGGAUCAGGUUUGACAAGAGUCAAUUCAAAUUCAUCCCUCCUGUCGGGUUCUACAAAAUCGAAGCCGGCCCCCGUAGUGCAGAAGAAACCGAAGGAUACGACGCCUAUAAAAAUGUUCAAUAACACAGCAUUCCCUCGCCACGACGACCCAACUCAAAUGGUCGAAGCGCCAAUAUUCCGGCCGACAGACAAGGAAUUUCAAGAUCCAAUGGAAUUUAUCGAAAGGAUCACGCCGAUUGCAGCACGAUUUGGUAUUUGUAAAAUCAUACCACCGGACAGUUUUAAACCCGAAUGUCGAGUCUCUGACGAUAUGCGAUUCACAGCUUACAACCAGUAUGUGCAUAAAAUGCUUCAUCGUUGGGGGCCUAGUGCAAAAGAAUUUAGUGCAAUCAAGAAGUAUUUGGCGACCCAGAGUAUAGCAAUGACCCACCCGCCUUGGAUUGGUGGCAUGGAAGUGGAUUUACCCCGGCUGUAUCACACGGUGCAGGAACUAGGUGGUCUUAAGGAGGUCAUAGAGAAGAAGAAGUGGGCCCGAGUGGCUGAAGAAAUGUGCAUUCCAAAAUUAGCUCAGGAUCGUGUAACGAAACUAGAUGAUAUUUAUUGUAAAUAUUUGCUGCCAUAUGACACACUCUCACCUGCAGAACGGCAGAAGUUAUUUGAUGAAGUGGAAGCAGACUGGGCAAAACGCGAAGCGAGAGCCAGGAGGAAUGCUGAUCGUUGCGUGAAUCUCGAAAAUAUCAGUAAUGAAGAUGGGGAGUCGAGCGAAAACGAUGAUGAAUCGGAUGAAGAAGUUGAUGGUGUAUCAAUGGAGUGCAUAGUGAAAGGAAGGAGCAUGCCGCUGAAUGCCUUCUUCCGAAUAGCACGAAACACAAUGGCUCUGUGGUUUAAAAACACGGAGCCUACAGUGGCUGAUAUAGAAGCAGAGUUUUGGCGCCAUGUGGCUGUUAGAGACAGCCACGUAUGCGUCCAUUCCGGCUCGAUAGACUCAAGUGGAUGGGGCUACGGUUUUCCAUCGCCGGGACCAAAGACAAAAGGAUCUCCGUGCGCCAAACAUCCAUGGAACUUAAAGGUUCUUACGAAUAAUGCAGGUUCAGUUUUAAGAUCGUUGGGUCCUGUAAUGGGCAUCACUGUGCCCACCCUUCACGUAGGCAUGCUUUUCAGUGCAUGUUGUUGGUAUCGCGACCCGCAUGGUCUCUCGUGGAUCGAAUAUCUACAUACGGGUGCGAGCAAAAUUUGGUAUGGAAUUCCUGACGAACAAAGUUCAAAGUUCCGGAAAGCACUAACAGCACUUAUUCCAACACAUUGUCAAAACAAGACUAUCUGGUUACCAUGUGAUACGGUCAUGGUACCGCCUCAUAUGUUAACCGACCGGGGUGUAUCGCUGUGUCGAGUUGAACAGAAACCAGGCGAAUAUGUUGUCAUUUUUCCAAGAGCAUAUACAUCGAGCAUAGCUACGGGAUAUGUGGUUUCGGAGAGUGUCUAUUUUGCCACAAGUUCGUGGUUGGAUUCAGCAAAAGAUGAUUUCAGGGAUAUUCACGAAAGCUGUGAGCCGGCCAUGUUCUCUCUAGAGCAAGUUCUAUUUGCGAUUGGAAAUGACCAACGCGUUUCGAUUGACAUUGUAACGCAAAUUUUACCAAUGCUGUCGGAAAUGUAUGAUAAAGAAGUUGCUGCCAGGCAGCAAUUGAAGGCGGCCGGACUCACAGAGAUAAAGAAGUUCCAGCAGCCCGUCGCGAAAAGUAAACAAAAAGUUCCGGUGUCUGAGGAGCACGAGUGUGAUCUAUGUCGUGCCAAUCUGUACAUAUCAAUGGUAAGGACAACGGAUGGCAUCAUCUAUUGCCUGCAGCACGCUUUGCGAAACAUCAACAACGGCAACAUCCAAGCAAAACAAUGCACGCUAAUAUACACCUAUGAUAUCGAUGAUAUCGAGAAUUUAAUUAAGAAAACAAAGGAUCGGUUAAGUCAAUCUCAGAAAAAGGGGGCAGGUAACGGUUCAAGUAACAAGAAAUCGAAAUGAAGUUGAAUGAAAAGUGGUCUUAUUUCCAGUUAAGAUAAGUUUUACAAUACAACUAACUUGUGCAUUCACUUCUUGUGUAAAUAUCCGCCGAGAAUUGAUUAUUAUAUAAUUUAUUAUCGCGAACUUUCAUGUAUACUAAAUUAUUAUCGCUUUUCACUAAUACCUUUUAGUUUUUCCACUUUGUAUUAACAUUGUUGAUUAUUUUCAAUGGUAGCAAUAUGAUAUACCGUUACCAUGUAAUUUAACAUAUUUUUCUGUAGUUUAAGGAUGAAAAUCAUCUACUUUUGUAAUGGCAAUAUAUUAUAGAGGAUGCAUUUUGUAUAGAAGCCAGUGUAGCAGUAGAAUAUUGCUGCAAGCAGACGAUGAAAGAAAGGUGUCAGCUACGUAGUAGAAGUAACGCAUGUGGUGUGAAUUUUUUCGACGUUUUAUACCUAAGGUUUCACUUUGCAGCCAAUUCUAUCAUUGUAUGAGUAUCUCAAGGGCGUCUGAUUGAAUGUUAGUUCAGAACCAGGAAUUAAUCUAAGAAAUCACGAAAUGUCAGAAUAUGACCAACCAGUGUUGGUGGUCAGGGUUAAGUACCCUUUGAUUGUCAUGUUCACGACGAUGGCGACACUUGUUACGGGCAUCACAUAAUCUCCUGUUUCAAUUUCAAAGUCAGGGCACUUUGAAACUAAAACAAAAGGGAAUAGGCAGUUUUUGAGCAAACAAUUGCGAAUAGCCACUGCCACUUUGCAUGAGGUUUGAUUUCAAUUAGACAGUCUGCAUGACACUGACCUGCUCCACAGAUAUUACUCCAGUCUCGAAAGCCCUCAAAGACAUGGGCUGAUGAAAACACACUUCAUUGGAAGGUUUCGGUGAAACCUCUGAAAUGUACAUAGAACAUGCAGUCGCAGAAUUUUUCUCUAAUUUUAGUGUUAUUGUCGAUAUAAAGAUUAUUUUUUUAAAUGAAAAAGGAACGUAUUUUAAAUGUAUACUAUUUUAGCUAUUAAUAUUAUUUUAUAGUGCUGCUAUCUAGUAAACUCAGUUAUACAUAUUUACAUCACGAAACUGUAAAUCUACGAGUGCUUAAUUAUGUGCAACUUUUAUGUUGUUUCCUUCCCGUGAUUGCUGCAAUAUAAAUGAAUGCUUGUCCUAAAUUUUAAUGUUUUUUUUUUUUAACCGAAAUAGGAUUAUAGUUGAAUAGUGGCUUUUACAUAUUUUACAUUGCUGAAGAGAUGAAAUUAUUUUUUGUAGAGAUAUGAAAAGACGACCAUGAAAACAAAAACACGCGAAAUAUUGAUUAACAGAUUUGAUACCAGUCUUUCCAGUUAGGAAAACUGCGUGCAAGGUUAAGCAUUAUAUUGGAGGAUAGGGUUUUGUGUUGUUGAAAUAUGUGUGUGCGUUCUGAAGAGAGACUGGUGGUGAAUUUGAGACUUCUUUUUUUUUGUUAAAUCAUUUUAUCUCUUUUUUGUUUUAUUAUUUUUAGUAUAAAGGUAAACACUAUGUAUGCUUAGGUUGUAAGCAAAUGGACGGAUAUAAUUGUAUAAAAAAUCUCGUACAAUUGUAAUAAUUAUAAAUAAACAGAUGAGAUGAAUAGUUCUCAUUAAAAAUUUA